AAAACUGAUUAGUGCUGUGAUUGAUACUUCAGCAUGUCAAGGGACUGGUAUAAUGGGCUGCCAUUGGGACUGCACUGUGAAACCACACACAGAUUACCUCAUCUCAUUAGAUGAUUGAAACCUUCAUUGAGUCUACAAGAUUGCACAGCUUUCAGAUGUACUGCAGUUGGCAAUUGCUGCUAAGAAUGCUUUCAGUUUCCUUUGGGAUAACGCUGAAAUGGUGAUUUUUUUGUUGUUUUUUGUUUUCGAUAAAAGUCACAGCUGCUGGAUGCCAGUACAGAAUGUUCCAUUUAAUCUUAUUUUAAAGCAUGGAAGAGGAGGUGGUUUGUGCUUCGCAGUGGCCGUCUAACAGGAGAUCCGGAUGUGUUGGAGUACUACAAAAAUGACCAUGCCAAAAAACCUAUUCGUAUUAUUGACUUAAACUUGUGUCAACAAGUGGAUGCGGGAUUGACAUUUAACAAAAAAGAGUUUGAAAACAGUUAUAUUUUUGAUAUCAACACUAUCGACAGAGUUUUCUACUUGGUGGCAGAUAGCGAGGAGGAGAUGAAUAAGUGGGUUCGCUGUAUUUGCGACAUCUGUGGGUUCAACCCUACAGAAGAAGAUGCUGUGAAGCCACUUGGCAGUUCUUUACAAGCAUCUGCUGAAUUACCAUUAGCAGUCAAUACUUCACCACCAUCUGUACAAGCAGAAUCAUCCCUACCUCCUCCAUAUCAACUAAUUAACAUCCCACCUCUGGAGUCUUCAUCUAGCCAAGAAGAUCCUCAGGAUUACCUAUUGCUAAUAAAUUGUCAAAGCAAGAAGCCUGAACCUACGAGCCCAGGGUCAUCCUUUAUCUCUGAAGAAGGGAAAGAAUAUCUACUACUGGAGGAUUUUGAAAGUAAAAAGAUUCCACUGCAAUUGCAUGCUGACUCAGCAAAAUCCAUCUGUUCUGAAACUGACUGCAAUGAUAAUGUAUCCUCCCAUAAAAAUUCUGCUCCAUCAUUGAGCAAGCAUGCAGUGAACGGCUUUUUUCAGCAGCAAAGUGCUUAUGACUCUCCGCCACCUCGAGCGGCAUCAGUGUCCGUAGACUGCAGCCUUUAUAACCUGCCUAGAAGUUAUUCACAGGAUGUUUUACCAAAGGCAACAUCUCCAUCUGGAACUGAUGCAGAAGGAGAGCAGCAUGUUUUCAGUACCCCUUCUGCUACAUCAUCAUUAGAUACACAAAUGAGGCAUUUCUCCAUUAGUUAUGACAUUCCCCCAACUCCUGGAGGUACUUAUCAGAUUCCACGAACUUUUCCAGAAGGAACUUCGAAGCUAGAGACUAUUCCAGAUAUUCCUCCACCUCGGCCACCAAAACCACAUCACACUUCAGAUCGAUCUCCCGUGGAAACCUGUAGCAUUACUCGUACUGCCUCAGACACUGAUAGUAGUUAUUGUGUCCCUACAGCAGGAUUGCCACCAUCACGCAGUAAUACCAUUUCCACUGUAGAUUUGAAUAUAUUUCGUAAAGAUAUUAGUUCUCAAGACUGCUAUGAUAUUCCACGAUCAUUUCCAAAUGACAGAGCUAGCUCACUGGAAGGCUUUAAAAACAGAAGCACGUUCACAGUGGGAAGUGUUUCAAGUGAAGAACUGGAUGAAAACUAUGUCCCAAUGAAUCCUAACUCUCCACCACGGCAGCAUUCCAGCAGCUUUACUGAACCCAUCCAAGACACAAACUAUGUACCUAUGACACCAGGCACAUUUGAUUUUUCAUUAUUUGGAAUGCAAGUCCCUCCACCCGCUCACAUGGGUUUCAGGUCCAGUCCAAAGACCCCUCCCAGAAGGCCAGUACCUGUUGCAGAAUGUGAACCACCACCAGUGGAUCGGAACCUCAAACCUGACAGAAAAGGUCAAAGUCCUAAAAUUUUAAGACCUAAACCACAUGGUUUAGAGCGAACUGAUUCACAAACCAUAGGUGACUUUGCUACAAGAAGAAAGGCAAAACCAGCUCCACUAGAAAUAAAACCUCUGCCAGAAUGGGAAGAAUUGCAAGCCCCAGUUAGAUCUCCUAUCACCCGAAGUUUUGCACGAGACUCCUCCAGGUUUCCUAUGUCUCCCAGACCGGAUUCAGUUCAUAGCACAACUUCCAGCAGUGACUCGCAUGACAGUGAAGAGAAUUAUGUACCCAUGAAUCCAAAUCAGUCCACUGAAGACCCAAUUUUGUUCGGCAGCAACAGUCUUGAUGGAGGAAGUAGCCCUAUGGUAAAACCGAAAGGAGAUAAACAAGUAGAAUACUUAGAUCUGGAUCUAGAUUCUGGGAAAUCUACUCCACCUCGUAAGAAAAAAAGCAGUGGUUCAGGGAGCAGUGUGGCAGAUGAACGAGUGGAUUAUGUUGUGGUCGACCAACAGAAAACACUAGCACUGAAGAGCACUCGAGAAGCAUGGACUGAUGGGAGGCAGUCUACAGAAUCUGAAACCCCAACUAAAAGUGUAAAAUGAAUAUUCUACUAUUCCUCAAAGAACAAAAGAACUAACAUUUAUCACAAUGAAUUUUGAUGAAAUACAGAACCAUAACUGCCAUGUUGCUUGACUGAACAGUACUUGGCAAUUCACUGGUGUGUAUUUUCCUGAAUGAAUAGAUGGAAGUCAAAGAACGCUUAAAAUAUAUCAAAGAAAUCUACGUCAGAGGACGUUUUAAAUGCAUCAAAGAAAUCUUAAAACCUUAAAUUGUGCCCUGUGUCUCUGGAUAAUUCAUCAAAUGUAAAUAAUGUGUAAAAAUAGUAUUGCUUGGCUCCCAGAAAACCUUUUGUUCUUCAUUUAACAUAUUUGUAGUAUUACUAUGUUUAUGCACUUUUUUAGUUAAAAUGUUGGUUCAGGUAUUCCCAGUUAAUGAAUUUUAAUGACAAAUUCAUUUUGAGAAUUUUUUCUUACACUACUAUACAUUACAAUUCUAGGUUAAUUAAGCUACUUGUAGAUAUGGAAAUUAAUGUUUGAACUUCAUUUUAACAACUUAGAAAUGAUUUAGCAGUAGUGUCACAAUUUAAUAAUCUACUUGAAAUGUCAAGAAUAAACGUUAGUUACAUACUGUUUUUAUAUUUAAUACAUGCAAAGAAUAUUUGGAAGUCUACAGGUUACCUUCCUAACGAAAAUUGCUGUGAGUUAAUAAUAAUGAACUACAUUGUUUUAGGAUCUAGCAACAUGGCUUAAACAUUAGUUAUUAGUGGUGGAACGUCUAUUCUAUUUUAUUAAUGACAGUGUUCUGUGUUCAUUGGGUGAAGAUUCUGCAGGGUGGGAUCUUACACUUUUAAGACUGAAUAAUUAAUUGUCAAGUAAACCUGCAAACCACUGAUGGCAUGCAGUAAUGUUGUGAUCUCACACUUAUUAACAAGUAGUAACCUUGAUAUUAUUUACAGAAGGUAGAAUUUAUAAAUAAUCAGGUACGUGCCAAGCACUGUUGUGCUAAUACACUGAUCAGGUUUAGACAAUGAACUUAGUUUUAUAUUUCUUAGAAGUCCUAAUGUUGGUUUUCAAUUUGAAAUUAAUGGGACAGUUUGACAUUCUCUGUUUGUAGUACUAGCACCAUACUGUGAUUUUGAAUUAGAUAGUAAUUCAAAUGGAAAUACUAUGUUUUGACACUAUAGUGCCCUUUCUACAAUCUUUAUUUUACUUAAUCUCCUGCUUUGCCUUAUAUUUAGAUCCCUAUGCAACUGAUAUUUUAUAUCUAUUUUUUAUAAAAUAGAUACUAUACCUAACUGAUCCCCUUGUUGCUUUUUCCUGGUACUGGAUUUAAAGCUUUCUGUACUGUGAUCCUUUUUGUUCACUAUCCCAGUUCCAAAUAAUAUUCUGCCUUGGUUUAGAACCAUAAUUUAGCUGUCAGGAAGAAAAUAGAUUUUCUUCAAAUACAUAAAUGACUUAAAUUUAUUAAUUAUAUCUGGAUUGAAAAUUUACUAACACUUUUUUUUUACACAGAUACCUUUAAAUAAACUAUCUCUUUUUGUCCAGACCUUUUAAAUGUUGAAUGAGUGUAUACGUGUGUUAGUCGUUUUCUGUCAUGCUGGCCUUAGUACUUUGCCUAAUCUACCAUAGGUUUUUUUUUCCAAUUUACAGUAUGUAAACUGUUUUAUUCUUAACAAGGGUUCUUUUUAAAUUAGUAAUAUUUUGAUGCUUUGAAUGUUCCUUUUUUAACAAAAAGAAAACCAAAUACAGUGCAUUUUGAGGUGAAUUUUAAAUAAAUCAAAUUGUUCAGUUUUGAUGUGUAAACUCUGUCCAAUGGAACCACAAAACAAUACAAAUUAAGAUAUAUGGGAAAAGUGCCUAAUUACCAAACACAGUUUUUUCUGUGAAGUUGCUAGAUUGUAGAUACAAUAAACAGUACUUCUAAAAAACUAAACCUAAAAAUAUUUUCAAAAGCAAGUUGCUGAGAAAAAACCCCAAACUGCAAAAUUGGAUCAAAUUCCUGUCCCGUUGAAGCCAAUGGAAUUAUUGCCAUGGUCUUGAGUGAAACUAAGUAUGAGCUAAUUAUAACUAGACUGUCUUUUAAAAAAAAAAAAAAAAAGACAAAGGAGCAACUGUAUCAGGCUUCCACUCAUGCACAUCACUUUCAAGGACUGAAAUGUUACUGUACAUAAUUAUUCUUGCUGGUGAGCAAACUUUCCUUACUUUCUUCACCAAUGCUGCGACUGAAACAUCUAUAAGCAAAGCAUGUGUUUGGUACUCCACGUAAUAUGGGGUAGUCUUAUUUGGGAUACUAAUUUCUAAUUUUUUUUAUACUAUUAAAGCAGAAAUGGUAGGGACUGAUUUACCUCUCGCACCAAUCCUUCACAAGUAUACCGGACUUUAGAGGAGUUACUCCCAUUUUAAACUGAUCUUAGUGGAGAAUCAGACCUUUCAUUUAUUCUGAACAAUAAACAUGGUACUUAUCAAAGGGCUACCAUAAGGGGGCUCAAGGCCAAAAUUGUACGGAAAUACACAUUGAGGAGGCCUCAAAACACUGGGUUGAAAUUGAGUUUUCUUUUAAUUCUCUUCAGAUGGGAAAGUUUGGGGGUGGUGAGAGGGGUCACAGAGGUGUUUGUGAAAGAGAAUUUCUCAAUCCCCUGGAAGGGGAUGCUGCUCUGUCCCUCCUUCACUCCAUGACAGUGCGGCUCAGUCAGGAUUGUGCACUAUCAGUUUUUCAGUAUGACAUUUUUAUCUCCAGUACUCUGUUGCUUAGUAAACUAGUAGCAAUCUGGAGCUUUCCUUGACUCUUUCAACCAUUUCAGUGCUUCAGGGCCAAUUUUUUUUUAAAGCUGGGUUUCCUGAAGUUGCGCACCAGUAUCAAUAUAUAGGUGCCUAAAAUGAAUGGUUUUUCAGAGGUUUUCAGAGGUUUUUUCUGAGCACUUGUGACUCCUUUUGAUCUCAGUGCUUAACUUUAGGUACCCAAGUUUGAAAACUUUAGCCCUCUUUGACUAGACAACAGGCAUAGUUUGUGGUGAAUGAUGUAUCUGGUGUGCACUUAUGUCCUCACUUGAGUUAUAACUUCCAUUUUAUUAGACUUUUGAAUUCAAUAACAUCCAUAAUGUUAGUUUCAAUGAGCAAAAAUUGAGCAUUUUUUUUGUUUUUUUUAUUUGUUUUCCUAAAAGAGAAACUAUCAAACACCAGUUUCCAGAUGCUACAGGUAGUGUGGACAUAAUGCUUUUAAAAAUAAUAUUGGAGUGGUUUUCUUGACUGUGUUGGAUUUUAAUGUAUUUUGCAUAUUCAUUAUUGGCAUUACAUUAUUGUCAGCUUGUAUUGCCACACGGACAUUCAAAGAAAGGGUGGUAUUAAUACUGUAUAGUGUCCCUUGUUUCUAAUAACAUAGUUAAAGUAGAACUGUAUGCUGCCUAUUUGUUGUCAUGCUUCUCUGUUCUGUUGCUAUGAUUCUGACAUUUUAAAAUGUGCUGAAUUCUAAAUUUGGAGGAAGCAGAAGCAAAGCUAGACUACUGGCCUAUUGUGAUUUUCAGUUACUAACUUUAUGGAGGCACUCAGGUACUACAGUAAUGGGUGCUAUUAUAAGGACCUCAAUAGAUGUGAAUGCAAAAAGAGUUUGUCUUGGCGAUGUAUUAUGUUCUUUUCAAGGACCAGGUAAGCUAUAGAUUUCUUUGUUGGUAUAGUAUAUUGUGAAUUACUGGAUGGAUGCAUCAUUUAUCACAUUAUUUACAAUGAACAAUGGUAAUUUAAGGCAUAAGGCAAAAUCUAUAAAAUAAAGUAAAUGCCAUUUGAAUCUAAUCUGAGCAACUCAAAACUGUUUUUCAGUUUCAAGGUAAGAGUUGGUUUCUUCUUAACCAUUGAAAUUUGUCUCUAGCAAAUCUUCUCACAAUUUUCCCCUUCCUUGAGAUGCUUUAAACACUAAAUAGAAUUCUGCCUUAUUUCGGAAGUUUUAAAAAAGUAUAUAUUGGUCUAUUACAGAACAGAAAAAGAGAGAUAAAUCCAAAAAGAAAUUCAUGCAAACUAAAAACUCUGUAGUGCCUAGAGUAUUAAGAACCUGACUUCAAAAAUUCCUAUAUUCAGUGUCACUGAAUGUC